UCGGCGUCAGAAGCAGCAAAGCAAUUGCCCCUAAUUUGCGUUUCAACCCCUGUCGCCAGCGUUUUCGUUUUUGGGUCCAGCGUGGCGCAACGACUCUGGCGGAGGUGGCCAUGGGGGUCAAUCAAUCAUUGGCUGGACAGGCGGCGGCUCAAGGCGCUUUCAGCCAAAAGGAAUUGUACAACCUGAAGCAGGUGUACUUCUACUUGUGCCUUCACACAACGACCUUGACUUCUUGUCCUCUUGACAGGAAUCAGUUUCACUCACUCUUUGCCAACCACAGACAGUACAAGCCAAUGUGGCGGACGCUCUUCGCUGCCAUCGACCUCAAUGGCGACAAUGUCAUUGACUUCGAGGAAUUCUUGACCUUCGUGACACAGCUGAAGCGUGGUGGCGCCGAGGCGAAGCGGCGCCUUUGCUUCCGGCUGUUUGACUCGAAUCAGGAUGGCUUUGCUGAGAAGGCCGACUUCCGUUGCAUCUUGGAGACGAAGCUGGCGGUGCUCAGGCGCCCCUCCUGGCAGACCAGCACCACUGUGGCCUCGAGCGGCACGGAAGCGCCCGACGAGUACAUGCAGUUUUUCAGUCUCUGCGACGAAGAUUCGGAUGGGCGGAUCUGCUACGAGGACUUUGAAACCUACUGCGCAGUUCAUGGUGAAGGGAUCGUGCACCAGACCCUCAAGAUCUUGGAGGUGAUGUUCGACGGCGUGAUCGAGGAGACGGGCAUCAUCAUCACCGCCACCGACGUCCGCAACACCAAGCCGCACAUCGACUGGCAGGAUCAUCGGAUGAACAUGGGGUCCUUGUUCUGCUGUAGUUCCUCUUCUCCUGUCUUCACCACGCCGCCGGUCGCGUGAGCUGCGCUACGAAGCGAGCAUGAAGCUUCACGUGGCUGACCAGCGAGGGGAUGGGCCGGGGUUGAGGCAUGGCAUUGGCAUUGGAUGACCAAGAGUUCUUGUGACCGA